AUGGGUUCGUGUUUUUCCCAUGACGAAUCUCGAAUAUCUCUUCAACAAGAUUUGUCUCAAUCAUCCAUCAAUCCAUAUGUAAAUCAAAUGCAUGAAAUAACUACAAAGGAUGAAUUCAAACGAUUAACUACUAGUCCAGAGACUCAGAAUAUGUUGAUUUUAUGUGAUUUCUAUGCUGUUUGGUGCAGACCAUGUUCACAGUGUGCACCGACACUACAUAAAUGGGCAUUGAAUGAAUAUAAAACCAAUGUUAUUUUCAUGAAAGUUGAUGUCGAUCAAAAUAGCGAUUUAGCGAAUGAAUUCUCCAUCAGCAUUUUACCAACAUUUGUUUUAUUUAAACAGGGAAAAGAAGUCUUUCGUUUGUCAGGAACGAAUUUAGAUAAGCUUAAAAAAGAAAUCGAUAGAUUGCGAAACUAG